CGAUCUUCCUUAAAUAAUUCUAUAUUUCUUUUUCUUUCUUCGCAACUUCAUUUCUUCACGAUUUCCCUCUUUUCCUCUUCGAACAUUUCUCCUCGUUCUCCCUUCGCGCAAAGCUUCGCAACUUUCUCUCUCUUCAAGUAAAAAAUGGCUGACGGUGAGGACAUUCAGCCACUUGUCUGUGACAAUGGUACUGGAAUGGUUAAGGCUGGAUUUGCCGGAGAUGAUGCUCCUAGAGCUGUCUUCCCAAGUAUUGUUGGUCGCCCUCGUCACACUGGUGUCAUGGUUGGCAUGGGUCAAAAGGAUGCGUAUGUUGGAGAUGAAGCUCAAUCCAAGCGUGGUAUUCUGACUUUGAAGUACCCUAUUGAGCAUGGUAUAGUGAGUAACUGGGAUGAUAUGGAGAAGAUUUGGCAUCACACCUUCUACAAUGAGCUUCGUGUUGCUCCAGAAGAGCACCCAGUUCUUCUAACUGAAGCCCCUCUCAACCCCAAGGCUAACCGUGAAAAGAUGACUCAAAUAAUGUUCGAGACUUUUAACACCCCUGCCAUGUACGUUGCAAUUCAGGCUGUGCUUUCCCUAUAUGCCAGUGGUCGUACAACAGGUAUUGUGCUGGACUCUGGUGAUGGUGUUAGUCACACUGUCCCCAUCUACGAAGGGUACGCCCUCCCACAUGCUAUCCUUCGUCUCGAUCUUGCUGGUCGUGAUUUGACUGACUACCUUAUGAAAAUCCUUACUGAGCGUGGUUACUCUUUCACCACCUCAGCUGAGCGUGAAAUAGUAAGGGACGUGAAGGAAAAGCUUUCCUACAUCGCACUUGACUACGAACAGGAAAUGGAGACAGCCAAAACUAGCUCUUCAGUCGAAAAAAGCUAUGAACUGCCUGAUGGACAGGUUAUCACUAUUGGAGCUGAACGUUUCCGUUGCCCUGAGGUUCUCUUCCAACCAUCGUUCAUCGGAAUGGAAGCAGCGGGUAUCCAUGAAACUACAUACAACUCCAUAAUGAAAUGUGAUGUUGAUAUCAGGAAGGAUCUUUACGGAAACAUUGUCCUCAGUGGUGGAACAACUAUGUUCCCUGGUAUUGCCGACAGAAUGAGCAAAGAAAUCACAGCCCUAGCCCCGAGCAGCAUGAAAAUCAAGGUGGUUGCACCACCUGAGAGAAAAUACAGUGUCUGGAUCGGAGGUUCCAUCUUAGCUUCUCUCAGUACAUUCCAGCAGAUGUGGAUUGCAAAGGGAGAGUAUGACGAGUCUGGGCCAUCAAUUGUCCACAGAAAAUGCUUCUAAGUUUUUGAUAAAAUUGGACUCAAAUGUUUCAGAUAGUCCUCUCUAUGAUGGUCUAAUUGAAGGACUCUUCUAUAAAGCUUUCUGAGUACAGGAAAAAAAACUGUUGAUGCAAUUUUUUUGGUUUAUUUUCAUGUUGAUUUACAUUGUAAUGAUGUCCAUGAGAAAGAUGAGUAGUGAUUUAAAAAAAUUUUAAUUUCUUAAAGUGUUCAAUUCAUUUUUGAAGUUUAAUUAUAAAUGUUUUUGA